AUGCGAACAAAACACAUGUCUUCGGUAUUAUUAUUAACAACUACAGGUCUCGAACAUUUUGGUCAACAAUUUUUUUCAACUGUUUAUCAGAAUAACAAUAAUCAAAAUGUAUUUCUUUCACCAGGAAGUAUUGCUCGUGCUAUAUCAAUGUGUACAGUUGGUGCUCGACAAGAAACAUUAGAUCAAAUGCUGCUUGUCCUUGAUGCAUCAUCAAAAGAAAAUUUAAUACAAACAGCUGAACAAAUUAUGCAUGUUUUUUCGCUUGCUAAGAUAAAUGUAUAA